AUGGGAAACGCAUGCAGCGGCUGCUGCGGCGACAGCAGCGACCCGCUGCAGGUCCCCCUCGAGGCCCUCAGCGGCAGCGAGCAGCAGCUGGCGCAGCACUUUCGCCCCGAAAUGGCAGAAGCCCUUAAAGAGGGACUUGCUGUCGGACUCAUCCUCCAAGACAAGUCGCGGCUGGAGUGCGUGGUGCGGCUGAGCAGCAGCGAGGACAGUUUGCUGCUGUCGUGCGAAGCAAAGAGCCGCGUGGUGCCGCUGCAGUCCAUAAAGGCUUUGCUGCACAGCAGCAGCCAGCUGCUGCGGGUGGACUGUUCUGCGGGCAUUCGCCCCAGCGACUUCUGUGCUGCGCUGCACCUUGCUGCUUCCGGCAACUGCAUUCCGCUCUUCUUUGCUUCUCUCCGCGACAAGAACCUUUUCCUGAUUACUCUCGCCCACGUCCGCACCCGCAGCAGCAGCAGCAGCAGCAGCAGCAGCAGCAGCGGCGGCGGCGGCGGGGGCGGCGGCGGCGCGGGCGCGGGGGGCGCCGGGAAGCAGGAGGACGCUGCUGCUGCGGCGGCAGCUGCAGCAGCAGCUCGUGCUGCUGAUGCUGCUGAUGCUGCUAAUGCAGCAGCAGCAGCAGCAGCACAGCCGUCCACAGGCAAAGCCAGCCGCACCUAA